AUGGUUAGUGGACGGAAGAAUGAAAUUCCAAGAAACAGUAAGAGUGACGGUAGUAAUAAAAAUAUAAAUUAUGGUGAUAAAGAUAAAUUACUUAAUAUAGAUCAAAAUGAAAUAAAAUAUGUUAAAGAAAUUGACCCUGAUAUGAGUGACAUAGAAACUGAAAGUUAUGAUGAUAGUAAUAAGAAAGGUCGUCUUUCUUUUAAUGAUGAAUAUUAUAAAAAAAAACAAAAUAACAAUAUAAAUAUUAGUAAGUUUAAAAAUGAAAUUAUUCAGAAUGAUUUAAUAAAUAAUAAAGAUACUAUUAAUGAUAUAGAUUUAGGUUUAAUAAAAGAUAAAUCUAUCAAGAGAAGAGAAAAUGAAUUUCAAAGAAAAAAAUAUGAUUAUAAAUUAUCACCUCAAAGAGCAGAUCCUUUUGCUGAUAAAAGUCCUUCAUCAGGUGAAAGGACAUAUACAGAUAUUAUGUUAGAAAAUAAAAAAAAAAGUAAAAUCAAAGAAACAUCUUUAAAUUCAUCACAUUUAAUUAAAGAAGGAGAUGAUACCAAUAAGACUAAAGAUAACAUUACAAAAAAAUAUAGUCAUAGAACUAAUUCACAUGAUGAUAAUAAUAAUUAUUAUUCAAAUAAUGAUGAUGAUGAUGAUAGUAGUAGUAGUAAUUAUAGUGAUUCUAACAAAUUAAUAGACAUGAAAAAUGAAAAAAAAAAUAAAACAACAAAUAAUUUAAAAUCCAAAUGGGAUGUUAUUAAAAAUGAAAAGAAUAAUAUAAAUAUUGAUUAUAUAUCUACAUCUGGACUAGAAAAAGGGACAGAUGAUUCUUCACGGGUUCUAAAUAAUAAUAAAAAGAAAAAAUUUUCAAGAUGGGAUAAAAUUAAUAAAGAACAAGAAGAUAUGAAAAGAGUUAAACUAAAUAAGGAAAAUAAUGAUAAUAUGAAUAUACCAUAUAUAGCUAAUAAUAUGAAUACACCAUAUAUAGCUAAUAAUAUGAAUACACCCUAUAUAGCUAAUAAUAUUAAUACACCAUAUAUAGCUAAUAAUAUUAAUACACCUUACAUAUCCAAUAAUAUGAAUACACCUUACAUAUCCAAUAAUAUGAAUACACCAUACAUAUCCAAUAAUAUUAAUACACCUUUCACACCCAUGGCUGAUGCUUUACUUCGAAUGAAAAUAAAAAACGAAAUAGACAUAAGGAAUAGACCUUUGACAGAUGAAGAUUUAAACGAAUUAUUACCUUCAGAAGGUUAUGAAAUUGUAGAAGCUCCUGAAGAAUAUCAAGCUAUUCGUAAUAAUAAAUUAAAGACGAUGUUUAAAAAUACAAUUAUUAAUACUCCACUUUUUCCAAAUAAACCAAAAGGUAUAGAAGAAACACCAUACAACACAAACAAUAAUAUUAAUAUUAAUAAUAAUAAUAAUAAUAAUAAUAAUAAUAAUAAUAUCAAUAGUGAUGAUAAUACAAAUUUAAUGCAAAGCACAUUUAUACAUACACCGUUCUAUGAACUGCCCAAUACUUCUUAUAAUAAUCUGAAUGAACAGAUUAAUCAAGACGAAGAGUUGUGUCAAUUAAAAUAUAAACAACUAGAAAUGAACAACCCCCAAUUAUUAAAUGAACUUAAAUAUAUACAAUUAAAAAAUGAAGAUUAUAUAUAUUUUAGUAAAUUGUUUGAAAGUGUUAAUGAAGAAGAAUUAUCACAAGAUGAAUUAAAAGAAAGGAAAUUUAUGAUCUUAUUAUUAAAAAUAAAAAACGGUACACCUUCUAUAAGAAGAACAGCUUUAAGAACUAUAACUGAAAAAGUUAAAGAAUUAGGUCCUGAAAUUUUAUUUAAUUUAAUAUUACCAUUGAUGAUGCAAAAUACAUUAGAAGAUCAAGAAAGACAUUUAUUAGUAAAAGUAAUUGAUAGAAUAUUAUUUAAAUUAGAUGAUUUAGUUAGACCUUAUGUACAUAAAAUACUUGUAGUUAUAGAACCUUUAUUAAUAGAUGAAGAUUAUUAUGCAAGAGUUGAAGGUAGAGAAAUUAUAAGUAAUUUAGCUAAGGCAGCUGGAUUAGCAACUAUGAUAGGAAUUAUGAGACCAGAUAUAGAUCAUCCUGAUGAAUAUGUUAGAAAUACUACUGCACGAGCAUUUGCAGUUGUUGCUUCUGCAUUAGGAAUUCCAUCUUUAAUAUUAUUUUUAAAAGCUGUUUGUCAAUCCAAAAAAAAUUGGGAAGCUAGACAUACAGGUAUAAAAAUAGUACAACAGAUAGCUAUAUUAAUGGGAUGUGCUGUAUUACCACAUUUAAAAGAUCUUGUUCAAAUAAUAGCACAUGGAUUACAUGAUGAACAACAAAAAGUCAGAACUAUAACAGCAUUAGCUGUAGCAGCAUUAGCAGAAGCAGCAGCUCCAUAUGGAAUCGAAGCAUUUGAUUCUGUUUUAAGACCCUUAUGGAAAGGUAUUACAGAAUAUAGAGGUAAAGUGUUAGCAUCCUUUUUAAAAGCCAUUGGUUUAAUUAUACCCUUAAUGGAUUCAUAUCAUGCAAAUUAUUAUACUAAAGAAGUUAUGGUUAUACUAAUAAAUGAAUUUAAUUCACCUGAUGAUGAAAUGAAAAAAAUUGUAUUAAAAUGUGUAAAACAGUGUAUACAAACAGAAGGUGUUGAUAAAGAAUAUAUAAAUCAAGAAAUUGUAAAUCCAUUCUUUGAAAAAUUUUGGAAUAUGAGAAAUUCAAAUGAUAAAAAAAGUUUUACAUUAAUUGUAGAUACAACAGUAGAAAUAUCAAAAAAAAUAGGAGCAAGUUCUGUUAUUUCAAAAAUUGUUGAUGAUUUAAAAGAUCCAUCAGAACAAUAUAGAAAGAUGGUUCUUCAAACUAUACAGAAUGUUAUUAAUGAAUUAGGUGUUGAUGAUAUUGAUCAAAAAUUAGAAGAACAAUUAAUAGAUGGUAUGUUAUAUGCUUUUCAAGAACAAACUUCUGAAGAUUAUUUUAUUUUAUUAAAUUCAUUUGAUAUUAUUUGUAAUAAAUUAAAUAUUAGAAUGAAACCUUAUCUACCACAAAUAGCUGGAAUUCUUAGAUGGAGAUUAAAUACACCACUACCAAAAGUAAGACAACAGAGUGCUGAUCUCAUAUCAAGAAUUUCUAAACUUAUAAAAAUAUGUGAUGAAAAACAAAUGUUAGGACAUCUAUCUUUAUAUCUAUAUGAAUAUUUAGGUGAAGAAUAUCCAGAAGUAUUAGCUAAUAUUAUUAGAGCUCUAAAAUCUAUUUUAGUAGUAUUAGGUGUCCAAAAUAUGACACCACCUAUUAAAGAUCUAUUACCAAGAAUUACACCUAUCUUAAAAAAUAGACAUGAAAAAGUACAAGAAAAUGUUAUAGAUUUAAUAGGUAUCAUAGCAGACAAAGCAGGUGAUCUAGUUUCUCCAAAAGAAUGGGAUAGAAUUUGUUUUGAUUUAAUCGAAUUAUUAAAAUCUAAUAAAAAAUUAAUUAGAAGAGCUACUAUACAAACAUUUGGUUAUAUUGCACGUACUAUUGGUCCAUUCGAAGUUCUUACUGUUUUAUUAAAUAAUUUAAAAGUUCAAGAAAGACAAUUAAGAGUCUGCACAACGGUCGCUAUUGCAAUUGUUGCUGAUACUUGUUUACCAUAUUCAGUACUUGCAGCUUUAAUGAAUGAAUAUAAAACACAAGAUAUGAAUGUUCAAAAUGGAGUACUUAAAGCUUUAUCAUUUAUGUUUGAAUAUAUAGGUGAAAUUGCUAAAGAUUAUGUUUAUUCAGUUGUCACGUUAUUAGAACAUGCAUUAAUGGAUAGAGAUCUUGUUCAUAGACAAAUAGCAACAUGGGCAUGUAAACAUUUAGCUUUAGGAUGUUUUGGUUUGAAUCGUCAAGAUGCAUUAAUACAUUUAUUAAAUUAUGUAUGGCCAAACAUUUUUGAAACAUCUCCACAUCUAAUACAAGCUGUAAUAGAUUCUAUUGAUGGAUUCAGAGUUGCUCUAGGACCAGCUAUUAUUUUUCAAUAUCUAGUUCAAGGAAUAUUCCAUCCAUCUAGAAAAGUUAGAGAAAUAUACUGGAAAAUUUAUAAUAAUGUUUACAUAGGUCAUCAGGAUAGUUUAGUUCCUAUAUACCCACCGUUUGAAUUAUUGAAUGAUAGUAGCUUUGCAAGGGAUGAGUUAAGAUAUACUAUAUGA